AUGCAGGGCAGCACAUCUAGAGAGGCAUGUCCGUUCCUCGCAGCACUCAUUUCCGGUACUUCCAUCUUCCCAACCCCCCACCUCUGGCUCGCGGUGCUCACCUCGACGUGCAGCGUCACCAUAACAUCCGAGGCCUUCCGAUCCAAGAUGCAGCCCGCGCGGCACCGCAUGGUUUACGCCCUGCUGAAGGAUGAGAUGGCUGCGGCCGGAGGGAUACACGCGCUGCAGCUCCGGACGAGAACGCCUGAAGAGGAGGAGAGGCAGGAUGCGAAGGGAUAA